UAUCAUUGAGUUAAUUGACACAGCAAAACACUACAAUGUUUUCUCGGUUGACAUUAAUCUUCUUUCUAUUUUUCCUUGUAACCCACUCCCUUCAUGUCUCAGCAAAGACAUGGUGUGUGUCAGAUCCAUCGGCAACAGAUGCACAAUUACAAGCUAACCUUGAUUGGCUAUGCGGUAGUGUAUUAACAUCUAGUUGUGUAAUAAUCAACCCUGGUGGACCUUGCUAUGAACCAAAUACUCUUACUAACCAUGCAUCAUAUAUGAUGAAUGAUUACUACCAGUUCAACGGGGGCACUAAAGAGGCGUGUGAUUUCAAUCAUUCUGGUCGAAUCGUUGAUACUAAUCCAAGUCAUGGUGGUUGUGUGUUUGCAUAGAAUACAUGGUAUUUAUAAACAUUAUGUAAGGUUAAUAAAUGAAAGUUAUUUUUCAUUGAGUUUUAGUCAUAUAAUAAGUGUUGCUAUAAAAAAAAGGUUCACUCUUACCCAAAAAAAGGGGGCCAUAUACUCAUAUAUUAAGUUUUUUUUUUUUUUGA